AUGUCUAUCACAUUUUUGAAGACACAGGAUAACCGGAACGUCGUCCCUGUCGUGAUCAAUGGUAAGCCACUGCCAAUCGACGAAUCUCGACUUAUCAGUGUUCAAUCAGCAGCAAAAGCCACCGAAGUUCAUCUCGCGCAAGGCGCUUCAGCCGAGAUUGCCCACGAUGCUGUGGAGUCGUCAUAUACAGCCUUCCAGCAGUGGAAAAAUACAACCUACAUUCAGCGCCGCGACAUUUUGUUCAAAGCAGCGGAGAUAGUCGAAAGCCGUGAGGAGCCAUUCGUUGCUCUUCAAAUACUUGAAACUUCGUGUUCGGAAGAAUGGGCCCGCUUCAACGUGAGCCUUGCUGCGGCAAACCUUCGUGAAAUCGGAUCCAACAUAUCGCAAGAGUGCACUGGUGAACUUCCUACACCACAGGGACCUGGUGCAUUCUGUAUGGUAUUCAAGGAGCCAGUUGGUCCUGUUCUCGCUAUCGCGCCCUGGAAUGCUAGUAUGAUUAUAUCUUCACGUGCGCUCGCUGGGCCUCUCGGAGCUGGGUGUACUGUUGUUUUUAAAGCUUCAGAGCUGUGUCCAGCUGUUCAUCACUCGCUUGUCCAGGCUUUCUUUGAUGCGGGCCUACCCGCUGGAUGUAUCAACACACUUCAGGCUCGGAGGGAAGACUCUCCCAGUGUGACUGAAGCAAUCAUUGCGCACCGCGCUAUCGCUAAGGUAUCUUUUACUGGAAGCAAUAUUGUUGGAAGCAUACUCGGGCAACUAGCAUCAAAAUACUGGAAGCCGGUACUGAUGGAACUGGGAGGCAAGGCACCUUCAAUCAUUCUUAAAGAUGCAGAUCUUGAGCAGGCUGCAGCCUUAUGCGCUAAGGGUGCAUUCUUGCAUCACGGUCAGAUCUGUAUGUCUACAGAUCGCGUCAUCGUUGUCAAGGAUAUUGCCCAGCGCUUUUCCCAAGUACUGGUAGACCAUGUCAGAAGUCAGUACUCUGAUGGUGCGGGCUCCGCUGUCACUGUCGGCGUUGCCCAUCGGGCCAAGUCACUUAUCGAUGCCGCUGUACAGAAUGGAGCAUCUUUUAUCGUCGGUAAUAAUGAAUUUCGCGAUGACACCAAAGCCGCAAUCACACCCACUGUUAUUACUGGUGUUAAACCAGAGGACCAAAUAUUCAGUGAAGAGACGUUUGGUCCUUCCAUGGUAGUCUAUGUGGUUGAAGAUGAAGAUGAAGCUGUCAAGCUGGCCAACUCAAACAAGUACGGCUUGAAUGCUGCAGUUCAUAGCCGUGACAUUCUUGCAGCGCUGAAGGUAGCUCGUCGAAUUGAGUGUGGCCAGGUUCAUAUCGGGACAAUCACCGAGUACGAUGAGGCUAACGCUCCUAUUGGAGGCACCAAGGCUAGCGGAUGGGGCAGGAAUAAUGGCAAGUAUGCUCUACGAGAGUUUUUGACGACCAAGACGAUAUCUAUUCAUGAUCCGUCUGCAGCUGUGAGCUUUGGCAGUCAUUGA